GAAUGGUUUAAGGAAUAUUAAUUCCAGGAUCGCUAUACAUUUGUUGAGAGAGAGAUGAAGAUUUCUAUGGUGGUUCAGAUACUGCAGCUUCUUCUGCUUCGCUCUUUGCUUUUGGCAGGGAAUGAAAUUGAUGCCUCUAUCUAUGACUACUCUGCAAGCAUAGAGUGUUUGGAUAAAGCCCAGAAACCACAGUACGGGGGAGGUUUGAUUCUCAAUCCUGAAUUUAGUGAUGGCUUACAAGGAUGGACUGUUUUUGGAAAUGGGAAUAUAGAGUUGAGGACAUCCAAGCAAGGAAACCAGUUCAUUGUUGCAUACAAUAGAACUAAACCACAUGAUAGCUUCUCACAAAUGGUACAUUUGAAAGAAGGAACCUUCUACACUUUUUCAGCUUGGGUACAAAUUAAAGGAGGUAAUGAGUCGAUGGUGGUAGCUGCACUCAAAACUUCACAAGAUCAAAACAUGGUAGUUGGGGCUGUGGCAGCUCAGUAUGGCUGCUGGUCUAUGCUCAAAGGAGGCCUGGCUGUAAAUUUCUCUGGACCAACUGAGCUUUUCUUUCAGAGCAGAAAAACAGUCAUUGAGAUAUGGGCAGAUAAUAUUUCUCUACAACCAUUUAGUAAAGAUCAAUGGCAAAAGCAGCAAUCAGAAAGCAUUGAGAAGAUUCGUAAGAGGAAGGUGCGAUUCCAUGUAUCUGACAAAGAAGGAAAGAUGAUCCAUAGUGCAACAGUCUCAAUGGAGAGCUUAAGGCCUCAAUUCCCACUUGGGUGUGGCACUUCUGAGGCCAUCCUCGGAAACAAGGCUUAUCAAGACUGGUUUACUUCCCGGUUCACUGCUACAACUUUUGACAAUGAAAUGAAGUGGUACAGCACUGAAAUCAACUUUGGGAAAGAGAACUACUCAAUCCCAGAUGCCAUGUUAGACUUUUUCAAAGAGCAUAGGAUCUCUGUGAGAGGUCAUAACAUCUUCUGGGAUGACCCAAGGUUCCAACCAGAUUGGUUGAAAUCCCUACCUCCAGAAGAGUUGAAAGUCGCUGCACUAAACAGAUUGAAUUCAGUGGUAUCAAGAUACUCUGGUCAACUUAUUGCAUGGGAUGUCAUGAACGAGAAUCUGCACUUUUCCUACUUCGAAGAUAAACUUGGGCCAAAUGCCUCGGCAUAUUUCUUCCAGAGAGUUCAGCAGCUAGAUCCGAAGACAGCUCUUUUCAUGAAUGAGUAUAAUACAUUGGAACAUGCAAAAGAUUUAAACUCUACCCCAGCUAUGUACUUGCAAAAGCUUAGGCAGAUUAAGUCAUUCCCUGGCAACAAAGGACUGUUGGAAGCAAUUGGACUCGAAUCCCAUUUCGAUGAACCCGAUAUCCCUUAUAUGAGAGCUUGUUUGGAUACUCUCGGUGCUACCCAAUUACCAAUUUGGCUCACAGAAUUGGAUGUUAUAAGAGGCCCAAAUCAGGCUAGAUACUUGGAAGAGAUAAUGAGAGAGGCGUAUUCUCAUCCUUCGGUCCAAGGGAUCAUAGUCUGGGCAGGAUGGAAGCCCACAGGUUGUAGUAGGAUGUGUUUAACAGAUAACAGUUUCAAGAAUUUGCCAACAGGUGAUGUUGUUGACAAGUUGAUCCAAGAGUGGAGUACCAACGGCUUGCAGGGUACUACAGACAUCGAUGGAAUAUAUGAACACUCAGUUUUCCUAGGAGAGUACCUUGUAAGAGUCACAAACGCAAAAAACACUACCUCACUUAAACAGACAUUGAAGGUGACAAGGGAGUGCUCUGAAGCGCUAGAUGUGUGGAUUGCAAUAAGAGAAUAGGCCACUGCAUCAAUCUAGUAUAAGCAACAGCUUGUAUGGAGCAAUAAGAGUUAAACUUGGGAACUGAACCCGUGUUCAACCCAUGCUAUACUAAUUUGGUCA